UCAUCUCUUCUUCAGGUCUCACUCCUCUCAUCUCCCCCUUCCUUCUGAUUUCUCCCCGCUUUAACCAUGGCUCCAAAGCGUAAGGUUCCUUCUACUGAGGUUGAUAUCUCCGGUCCCACCUCAACUAGGCCGAAGAGAAGUCCCAAGGCGCCGGUGGAAGUUGCCGCUGAGCCGAAACGUUACCGACCUACGUUCAAGGUAGAGUUGGUGGUGGACUCCGAGAAGGAUCCGUCCUGGGUUCUAGAUGAGCCGAUUGCUGAUUCGGAGGCUAGGACUACGUGGCCCGAGAGGUAUCAAGUCAUCCAGAAGAAGGAAGUUGUACCUUUACCAAAGAAGAAAAAGAAAAAGUAUGUUGAGGAAGAGGAGAUUUUCCUUGCGCGACGCCAUUUUCGACGGGCCAUCCUUGAUGAAUCCAUCACAUACAACCUCUUCGAUGAUGCUCAUGUGCAGUCUGACGAGGACGAAAAGCCUUUCAUUUGCAAGAUCGUCGAAAUCUUUGAAGGAUCUGAUGGCAAAAUGUACUUUACUGCUCAAUGGUUUUACCGUGCGUGUGAUACCGCGAUCCAAAAGCACGAAGAAAUGAUCGAUGACAAACGUGUUUUUAUCUCGGACAUAAAAGAUGUAAACUCAAUGGGCGUUCUUCUCAACAAAUUGAAGAUUCUGAUGAUCCCAUUAACGGAAAAUACUGAAGUGACUGAAAGCUGUGAUUACUACUGCAACAUGAAAUAUCGCCUGCCUUUUUCAACACUUGAAGCUUUGCAAUCAAGUCAGUGUAUUACGCCUAAUCAACGAACGGAUGCUACAAUGUUAGACUUGUAUUGUGGGUGUGGAGCCAUGUCAACUGGCCUAUGCAUGGGAGCUCAGCUGUCAGGGCUUAAUCUUGUCACGAAAUGGGCUGUUGACACAAGCAAGUAUGCUGUUCAAAGCAUAAAGUAUAACCACCCGGAAACAGAAGUGAGAAACGAGUCCGCAGAAGAUUUUCUGUAUCUGCUCAAGGAGUGGGAGAAAUUAUGCAUUCAUUUCUCUUUGAUCGAAUCUGCGGAUUCAGAAAAAUACGAAAACCUUUAUGGGAUGUCCGCUGUGGAAGAGGUUGAAGAUGGCAGCGAUGAGAGUGAUGUCAAAGACGGUGGAGAGGUUUUUGAAGUUGAAAAGAUUGUUGGUAUUAAGAAAGAGGAAGGAGGUGGACUCCAUCUGAAGGUCCGGUGGGAGAACUAUGGGCCUUCCCAUGACACAUGGGAACCUAUUGAAAAUCUUAGCAAUUGCCGUAAGAAAAUUAAAGAGUUCGUUGUGCAUGGAUUUAAAACAAGCAUCCUUCCAUUACCGGGAGGUGUUGAUGUUGUUUGUGGAGGUCCUCCAUGCCAAGGAAUUAGCGGUUACAACAGAUUCAGGAACACAAAAGAGCCGCUAAAAGAUAAAAAGAACGAGCAGCUUCUUGAAUACAUGAAAAUUGUGGAGUUUCUGAAGCCCAAGUAUGUUCUGAUGGAGAAUGUGGUAGAUAUGCUUAGGUUUGUUGAUGGCUUUCUUGCGCGCUAUGCUGUGGGACGGCUUGUCCAAAUGAAUUAUCAGACAAGAAUGGGUAUGAUGGCGGCAGGGUCGUAUGGCCUUGCUCAGUUCCGCAGGCGGUUCUUCUUAUGGGGUGCAAUGUCUAGCGAGAGGCUUCCUCAGUUCCCACUUCCAACUCAUGAUGUUGUCAAUAGAGGAAAUGUUCCUGUAAACUUUGAUAGAAACGUAGUGGCUUAUGAACAAAAAGACACUGUGAAGUUGGCAAAGAAAAUCUUACUCUCAGAUGUCAUUACCGACCUUCCAGUUGUUGCAAACAGUGAAAGGAGGGCGGAGAUGGCAUAUGUCAAAGAUCCUCAGACGCCAUUUCAACGAUUUAUCAGAUCGACGCAACAAGGAAUGUUUGCUUCACCUCAAGAUUCCAAGUCAAACUCAACAAACGAUGUGUUGUACGAUCACCAUCCUUUGAAUCUUAACAAAGAUGAUUAUCAACGUGUCUGUAGGAUCCCCAAGAAGAAGGGAGCGAAUUUCAGGGACUUACCUGGUGUAACUGUUAAUGGUUAUAAUAGAGUUGAAUUGGAUCCUAAAAUCCCCAGGAUCUAUCUUGAAUCCAGUAACCCGUUGAUUCCAGAAUACGCCAUAAAAUUUGUCAACGGAAGAUCAACGAAACCCUUUGGACGGCUUUGGUGGGAUGAAACUGUCCCAACUGUUAUCGGAAGAGCCGAGCCACACAAUCAUGUCAUCAUCCACCCAAGCCAAGACCGUGUCUUGACUGUGCGAGAGAACGCGAGGCUCCAGGGCUUCCCUGAUUAUUAUAGACUAUUUGGCCCUACCAAGGAAAAGUACAAACAAGUUGGGAAUGCGGUUGCAGUACCAGUUGCUAGUGCACUUGGAUUCGCAUUAGGACAAGCUUUCCAAGGCCACACAAGUGGUAAUGAUCCACUUUUCACUCUGCCCGAAGGUUUUCCAAAACCAACCUUCUGAAACGUAGGAACAUUAGUAAGAAGAGAUUCAGCUUCUUUUUCCUGUCAUCAACCAGAUUAUGUUGAGUUAUUGUUCAUCGUCCAUUUAUCUAGGCUACUAUCUCUAUCCAUCAAAAAUUCAUUUGGAUAGAGACUUGCAGUUGUGACUUAGUUAAAACAAUUUUU